GCCAAAGAGGUGAUUCUCUUGAUAAAAGAAGGGGGGGGGAAGCUAUAGAUAUUUCCUACUGAAAACCAAGGUAUUGAUCUGGAUCAAAUGGAUUUGAAGGCUACUCAUAGUUCAACCAUUCUUACGGAUCGUACACAUGCAUGCAAUUCAAGACUGUGUUUGCCGCCCAUUGUGUCACCAAUUUCUCCUACAGCAUCAGCAUAUCCUUCUUCUACUUUGUACCCAACAUUUCAGAGAAGAAAAGCCUCAUCUGGUAUGCUCAAUGAAUCCCAUGAUGGUGCUUGCCUGGAUGCGAUGAAAUCGUCAUCUCCUCCUCACAUUAAACUAAACAAGGACUUCAUCUCUGAUCUUGCAAUUUGUAAAAAUGAUGCUGCAUAUGAUGCCUGGAUGAUGAAGUGUCCAUCGGCUUUAUCUUCUUUCAAACAAAUUACUAAUCAUGCAAAAUAUAAGAAGAUUGUGUUGUUUUUGGACUAUGACGGAACUCUUUCACAUAUAGUGGAUAACCCAGAACAUGCUUUUAUGUCCAAUGCGAUGCGUACUGCUGUGAAGAAUGUUGCUAAAUACUUCUCGACUGCAAUUGUUAGUGGAAGGUCUUGCCAUAAGGUUUACAAGUUUGUUAAGCUAGGUGAACUAUAUUAUGCUGGUAGUCAUGGAAUGGACAUAAUGGGCCCUGUGAUAAAAAAUGAAUCCAUCAGUGACCUCCCAGGAUGCACUAUUUCUAUUGAGGAACAGGGAAACGAAGUAAUACUCUUCCAGCCUGCUAAAGAGUUCUUACUGAUGAUCAAUGAGGUUCAAAGCUUCCUUAAAGAGGUCACUAAAGAUAUUGAAGGUGUCAUUGUCGAGAGCAACAAAUUCUGUGUUUCUGUACAUUAUCGCCUUGUAGACGAGAAGGAUUGGCCCAAGGUUGUGCACUGUGUGCAUCACGUCCUGAAGGACUACCCUCAUUUGCAAGUCACCCAUGGGCGCAGGGUUUUAGAAGUUCGUCCCAUCAUUGAUUGGAACAAAGGAAAGGCUGUUGAAUUCCUGCUUGAAUACCUUGGUCUGAGAACAUCUGACGAUGUUCUUCCGAUAUACGUUGGUGAUGAUCGUACUGAUGAGGAUGCAUUUAAGAUCCUGAGGGAAGGUAAAUGUGGAUAUGGAAUUCUAGUGACAUCUGUGCCGAAACAGACCAAUGCCGUCUUCUCUCUGAGAGACCCUACUGAGGUGAAAAAGUUUCUCAAGUUACUGGUGAAGUGGAAGAAGUUGGAAACAUCAUGAAUGAGAAUUAUACUGUACUGCCUACUUAGACAGGUAAGGCCAGUUCAGGUAGCGGGCAGCGAGAUUUUUGAGUUGGCUGUUGUUAUUUGUUCUUUUAUUAUGUUCUAGAGUUAAUGGCUUCCUUUUUGUAGCUCCUUUGUU